AGGAAAAAAAAAUAGAAAUAAAUUGAAUCUCUUUUCUCUGCUCUUUCCUUUCUUGUUUUGGCUCUGGGAUUUUUUUUAAAAAAAGCUCCGAAAAAUGAGCAGUGAAGAAGCAAAAAGAAGCAUCACCGGAGCACUGACGGUGAAACCGACAUCCGAAGAACGGAAGCAUUCUCCGGCGCUUACUGCAGAGUCGACUACUUCACCGGCGAGAAAAGUCGUCAUCAAAAGCGCCGACAUGAAAGACGACAUGCAAAAAGAAGCUGUCAAUAUUGCCAUUUCCGCAUUUGAGAACAACAGUGUAGAGAAAGAUGUGGCGGAGCAUAUAAAGAAGGAAUUUGAUAAGAAGCAUGGACCCACUUGGCAUUGCAUUGUUGGUCGCAAUUUCGGCUCGUACGUAACUCACGAGACAAACCACUUUGUUUAUUUUUAUUUAGACCAGAAAGCGGUUUUGCUCUUCAAAUCGGGUUAAUCAUGUUUGUUGUAACGGUGAAGAGUGGUGAUCAUUUUGAUCUUGGAUAUCAAGAGGCUUUUACGUAUCCCUGUUAGAAACGGUAUGUCUUAACCGAAGCACGUUUGUUUGUAUGUCAAUCCUCUAUCCUAAACUUCUUGCGUCUAACGUGUAUAUUUUGU